AUGUCUAAGCUCGCCACUAGACUCCUAGCCUCCGUCACGUUCGGUAUCUUGCUCUGUGCCAAUCAACCCGUCUUCGCUCAAUCGAUUUUAAACCACACACAACUGCCCAGCAGUACAACCGAGAGCACGAUCACCGCAUCGUCAUCCUUCACAUCGCAGCACACGGCUACUGCUGUCGCUGCUGCAGGCGAACAAAGCACGUUGGACCGCCCACGCAUUAUCAUCGCGAUCGCGAUCACUCUUGCGAGCGUCGCAACCGAACGCCAACGUCUCCGCCUUUCCCGACUGCUGCUAUACCGGCGCGUGUGCUGGCCGGAUUACAAUACGACGAGCGUACAUUCUAUCGUCAUGUCUCAGCCACCAAACGUGGUUGAGACAUUAGUUGUACCAGCGAUCCUCACAUGGUAG